GGCCUGGCCAGCCCGGGAGCCGCGACCGGGAGCGGGCGGCUGGCGGCGGGCCCAGGCGCAGGGCUGGCAGGCGGCGGAGGCCGGGGCGCCGCGCGAUCAGCCAGCAGACAUGAUGAGCACCAAGGCCUUUACGUUGGUGUCUGCUGUGGAGCGGGAGCUGCUGAUGGGCGACAAGGAGCGUGUCAACAUAGAAUGUGUGGAGUGCUGCGGCCGGAACCUGUACGUGGGCACCAAUGACUGCUUCAUUUACCACUUCCUGCUGGAGGAGAAAACUCUGCCCACAGGCACAGCCACAUUCACUGCCACUAAGCAGCUGCACAGACACCUGGGUUUCAAGAAGCCAGUGAAUGAGCUGCGAGCAGCAUCAGCUCUCAACAGACUGCUGGUGCUCUGUGAAAACGGCAUAACUCUGGUGAACAUGAGGAGCCUGGAGCCGGUGCCCUCGGGGGCCCGCAUCAAAGGGGCCACGGCUUUCGCUUUGAACGAGAACCCUGUGAGUGGGGACCCGUUCUGCGUGGAAGUCUGCAUCAUCUCUGUCAAGCGGAGAACCAUCCAGGUGUUCAUGGUGUACGAGGACAGGGUUCAGAUCAUCAGGGAGGUGUCUACGCCGGAGCAGCCGCUGGCCGUGGCUGUGGACGGCCACUUCCUGUGCCUGGCUCUGACCACCCAGUACAUCAUCCUGAACUACAACACUGGCGUCGCCCAGGACCUGUUUCCCUACUGCAGCGAAGAGAAGCGCCCAAUCGUCAAGCGGAUCGGGAGACAGGAGUUCCUCCUGGCGGGCCCGGGAGGGCUGGGCAUGUUUGCCACAGUUGCUGGGAUAUCUCAACGUGCUCCUGUGCACUGGCCAGAGAAUGUCCUCGGGGCGGCCGUUUGCUUUCCAUAUGUCAUAGCGCUGGACGAUGAGUUCAUCACAGUUCACAGCAUGCUGGAUCAGCAGCAAAAGCAGACCCUGCCCUUUAAGGAAGGCCAUAUUUUGCAGGAUUUUGAAGGAAGAGUGAUUGUUGCCACAAGUAAAGGAGUUUACAUCUUGGUUCCAUUACCUCUGGAAAAACAAAUACAGGAUCUUCUAGCAAGCCGUAGAGUGGAAGAAGCCUUGGUUUUAGCCAAAGGAGCCCGGAGGAACAUUCCAAAGGAAAAAUUUCAGGUAAUGUACCGAAGGAUCCUGCAGCAGGCGGGGUUCAUUCAGUUUGCACAGCUUCAGUUCCUGGAAGCCAGAGAGCUCUUCAGAAGCGGCCAGCUUGAUGUCCGGGAGCUGAUCUCUCUCUACCCCUUCCUGUUACCCACCUCCUCCUCAUUCACACGGUCUCAGCCUCCUCUCCAUGAGUAUGCAGACCUGAACCAGCUGACCCGUGGGGACCAGGAGAAGAUAGCCAAGUGUAAGCACUUCCUCAUGAGCUACCUGAAUGAGGUCCGCAGCACAGAGGUGGCGAACGGUCACAAGGAGGACAUUGACACGGCCCUGCUCAAGCUGUACGCAGAGGCUGACCCCGACAGCCUGCUGGGCCUGCUGGUCACCGAGAAUGCCUGUCUCCUCACCGACAGCGCCGCCUGGCUGGAGAAGCACAAAAAGUAUUUUGCACUUGGACUGCUGUAUCAUUACAAUAACCAGGACGCUGCUGCAGUUCAGUUGUGGGUGAACAUUGUGAAUGGGGAUAUUCACGACUCCACACGGUCAGACCUGUACGAAUAUGUUGUUGAUUUCCUCACCUACAGCGUAGACCAAGAGCUGGUGUGGAGGUAUGCUGACUGGGCCCUGCAGAAAAGUGAGGAGGUUGGAGUUCAAGUUUUCACCAAGAGACCUUCGGACGAACAACAGAAUAGUUUUAGUCCGGACAAUGUAAUUUCCUGUCUUAAGAACUACCCUAAAGCCCUUGUUAAGUAUCUGGAACAUCUAGUCAUAGACAGGAAGCUGCAGAAGGAGGAGUACCACACACACUUGGCUGUCCUCUACCUGGAUGAGGUGCUGCAGCAGAGGUCCAGCUCCAACGGCAAGGGUGCAGAAGUCACCGAGACACAGGCGAAGCUACAGCGUCUGCUCCAGAAAUCCAACUCAUACCGAGUCCACUUUCUGAUAGACAGAGUGCAGGGCGCCGGCCUUCCCAUGGAGAGCGCCAUCCUGCACGGGAAGCUGGAGGAGCACGAGAAGGCCCUGCGCAUCCUGGUGCACGAGCUGGGGGACUUCGCGGCGGCCGAGGACUACUGCGUGUGGCGCUCCGAGGGCCGGGCCCCGCCCUACCGACAGCGGCUCUUCCACACGCUGCUGGCCGUUUACCUCAGCCCCGGGCCCUCUGCACAUGAGCUGGCCGUGGCCGCCGUGGACCUCCUGAACCAACACUCCACAGAAUUUGAUGCGGCCCAGGUCCUGCAGCUUCUGCCAAGCACCUGGUCGGUGCAGCUCCUCUCCCCGUUCCUGAUGGGGGCCAUGAGGGGCAGCGUCCACACCCGGAGGACCUCCCAGGUGGCUCUCGGCCUGGCCAAGUCUGAGAACUUGCUCUACAAAUACGACAAGAUGAAGUUGAAAGGAAGCUCAGUUCAGCUCUCAGACAAAAAGCUCUGCCAGAUGUGCCAGAAUCCCUUUUGUGAACCCGUGUUUGUUAGGUACCCCAGUGGCGGCCUUGUCCACACCCACUGUGCGGCCAGCAGACACAUGAACCCCAGCUCCCCCAGCCCUGGCACUCGGACUUGAAGAGGCCCUCCUGAGGGUGCGAGAAGGACCCUGAGUUCCUUACCAAGCCUGCUGGGCGCAAACAGCAGAAAGCUGCCAUGCUUGUGCCAUCCGAGAUGAGGGGCUCUGGGGGGGCUUCAGUCAGUGUGAAACGGACUCCUCACUGCUGACCACUCUACAUUGAAUGUAAAUGGAAAACCCUGAUAACAGGCAUGAAAGCAUUUGCCCGUCCAGGUACACAAUAAUGCAAGACAGAUGUUGUCUAGAAAAAAAAAUGAGCCUUCCCUGCGUGAGCCAGGCACACUGGCCCCUGCCCCCAGUCAUACACUUGCACUGGAGCAGCUGCUUCAUGGGGACACAGAAAAGGACUGGACCAGGUGAGAGGCCAGGGCACUGAGCCCACAGCAGCCAGGCCUCACCCCGUGCACCAUCCCGCCAUCCCGUGGGGUGUGCUGUCUGUCCACCAGGCACCACCCCUGGGUCCUGUCUGUUUCCUGGGAUCACCUUGUGGGCUCUGCCUCUGCCCUUCAAAUGGCUGACCUUGGGAAAGUGUUUUUGUCCCUUCCUGCUUCCCAUCUCACUCUCCACCCCUGGGGAAUGCUUCCCGGUGUCCCCAAGCGUUCCCUUUGGGUGAGUUUGUGCUCCUGGCUGCUCACCAGUGAGGACCUGUUAGGAACUGAUACAGUUUCCAAGGAGAAGCCACCUGCCACAUCUCAGAGGCAACCGUGGGCAGGAAAGCUGGGGCAGGCCAGGCCACGUGUGUGUCGCUUUACUGUCACAUUGUCUGCUGAUUCAAAACUCCAUGAUUAACACGUUUGACUAAAAAUGUUUAUUUGAGGUUAUAUGAUCUUUGUAGUUUUUCUCUGGCUUAGAAAUCCAUCUAUCAUAUGCAUUGGGGAUGUUUCUCCUUAUUAAAGUCCUGCUAUUAAAUCCUGGAGAAGUUACAAGGGAAACAUUUGUGAGCACAAACUGAGCAUGUUUUCAGGAGAGGCAGCUGUUCCCUCACCUCUGAGCAGGGCGGGCAGCAGGUGCCUUUGCCCAUGACAGGGACACCAGCCCCCCGGUGGUCCUCAUGCCCUUGGAAGGAAGUCCGGUCAGGCUGCCUUACCUCCCAGCACUUUAUACUCCUGCUCUGAGGUUUCCGGAAAACACAGGGAAAAUGCUUCUUGCUCAUCACAAAGUGGAAAUUGGUUUUGUGCUUCUGUCUGACAUGGCUGAGGAGCUGAAGCUGCUGUUACUCCAUGGCCCCCUUUUGGAUUUCUUCAUUGAGAUUAUUGAUUCUGUAUGAAUCCAGAGCCUGGUCAGGAGUCUAGCCAUACUGGCUUUGUUACAGGAUGGUCACAGCACUGUAUGGUGUGCAUCGGCAUUAUGACUUGUGAGUCUGCAUUUAUUCUUCAAGGAGCAAGUUACUAGUACAUGCAGUAUUGAAAAGCACUGUUUCUCUGUAUACUUAAUGGGUAAAAUCUUGAAGAAGACUUAUGAUUGCUCCUUCCUACCUACUAGUCUUUUUUUUUCUCUGAAGAUCGGUCAGUACUUCAAAAUGUUUGUUAUCCUUUAGAAUAAUGGGAAUUAAAAUUGAGCAGCUCCCUCUUUUUACUGAAUCCUCUACUGUGGGCAGAAUUCCAUGACACUGUGACAGUUGUCGCCUGUAUUAAAAACCAUACUUUUCUCUAACCUAACUCCCACAGGGCUCUUGAUUCUCAAGUUGUAUUUUUUAAAGAAACAUAUGACUCUUUCUGAGGGCCUGCUGUUCUGUGGCUGUACCACUGAACAGAGCAAUUAGGCUCACCACUCAGCCCUUUUUCUCUCAUUAGUUUCUAUGUGUCCAUUCUAGGUAAAACAGCAUGAACUGAACUCAGCUGACAUUAGUAUUCUGCGGGCAGUACUGUUUAAUUCUGUGAACUGUCUCUCUGUUGCUGCCUAUCGAGUAUCAAUGUGGGAGAGCCAGGCUGACUCAGCCCUGGGCCUGUGCUGAGCCG